UUCAUAUAAAUAAAAAGAAGCCUGAAUAAAUCUUAAAUUAAACAUCUAAAUCCAAACCAAAAUACUUAAAGAAAACUCAUAAAGUGAAUACUACAAAAUAUAUCAUUAUAAAUUCGAAUUAUUUAAAAAUAAAUCCAAGAAAUUAAAAAUAUAAAAUCAAGAGGAAGUAUCAAGUACCCAUCACCAUGACCAUUGAGAUUGAUACCCAAAAGAUUUGUGAUCAGCUGGAGGGCACUGAUCGUCGUCAGAAGACCAAAACUCUGGAGGAGCUGCGGGAACUCUUGGAAAACUCUAACGAAAAUCUAACCACCGAGGAAAUUGCCGCCAGCUUCGAUGAGUUGUACUUGCACCUAUUGAAGUCCUACGACGAUCGCUUCGAGAGUGUUCGUGAUCAUGCCGUUCAGGCGGUAAAUGCUUUCCUGAAGCGUCUGCCUCCCAUGGAUUUUCAUCUCCUAAAUGUGGUUUCCACUUUAUCCGAGCGAAUGGGAAAAGCUGAAACAGUGGAGCCCAGUGAGGAGAUUCGUUUGCUCUACAUUAGCCAAUUGCAUUUGAUGAUCUCUCAGUAUGCCAAGAUGGGUAAUGUGGGCGUCUUCCGGGAAUGCUAUCCCCAGGUGACCAAAGUCCUGAUCAAGUCCAUCAAGGAUGACUAUCCACUUGUGCAGCGUGAAGGUUGUGCUACCUUGGUGGAUCUCGCCAAGGUGGCUGACACCCAGGAGUUUCGUCCAUUCACCGAGUCCUUGGCCGUGGCACUGUAUGGAAUGCUGAAUCAUAAACAUGCUCCGGCCAGGAUCUCGGCAGUGGAGGCCAUUGGCAGGCUGAGUCUUCACAUGGAUGCCAGUGCCGAUAGCAUGAGGAGGCUGUUCAAUGAGGUUUCUCCUCUCCUGAUGGAUUCCAUGCCUCUGGUACGUCGCGAAGUGGGUCAGAUGGGUGUCCUUAUGUGUCAGGAAUUCCUGGAUCGUUAUUCCUUUUUCGAGAGAAUCUUGCCGCUGGUUUUGUGCUGCCUUAAAGAUGAUUCCCCGGAGGUUUUCAAUCACAUUUAUCCCCAGUGGUUGAAGUGUGGAAAACUAUAUUACGAGGAAAAUGAAGAGGAGUUAAGCAAGCAGGAGAUAAGUGAUCCUCAAGUGGAGAAUUAUCCAGAGGAUGUGAAGCGUCCCACGAUAGGAUGUCGCGGCUUGGUCCAGCGUUCUUUAAGAUUAUUGACACUGAUUACCCGGGAGACGGGAGAUUGGAAGGAUAAUGUACGUCUGCACUCGCUCAAGCUACUUUAUCAAUUUGUUUUGCAUGCUGAGUCUGCCAUGACAGCCAAGUUCUUUGAGAUCUAUGGGGAUUUAGCUCAUGUCUGCAUUGAUCCUGUGGCAGAAGUUGCUGCAGAAGCUGCCAAGGUAUCGGAUCUACUGGGACGUCUGUUGAUGUAUGAAGCCUGGAUCGAUCACGGUUUUGAUGGACUCGAACGCAAUGCCAGAGAGUCGUAUAUGAAAUGUUUCUACUACAUGUUCACCUCGGCUUUGGGUGGCACUUAUGAGCAACUCUUGAAGAUAGCUAAACUCCUACGGAGCACCGAUUACUCGCACACCUUGAAGCCAGGUUUUCAGAUCUAUAUCCUGAAAUUACUAAAUACCGUACUGGAUAAAUCCCUGAAAGUAAAUGCAGGACAGGAGGAGCUGCAGGAUCUUUACGAAUCUGUUUAUGUGAGUGCCAUCAAAGUAAAUGCUUUGCAACAUUCACUUUCCCAAGAUGUGACUCAGGGAAAACUUCUGAUUGAAAGAAUUGCCAAACUGGAACAGAUUUCGGUGGGAAAACUCCAUGAACGUUGGUUCCAUCUAGCUCUUCUGGAUGUGGAAAAUCUGGAUGCUUCACUGGAGGACACUGCUGAGCCUGUGAUGUUACUGGAUGGCUUAAUAAAUAUUUGUCACCUGCGAGCCACCUAUAUGACGGAUCUCAUCAAGAAAGUCCUGGUGGUCUUUGAGCAUUGCUGUGAUAGUGCUCAUGUCAAGGUAUUCAGUAGCCUUUCGAUGGCAUCGCUACUUUGGUCAGAAACCAUGGGAAUCGAGCGUGAGCAGAGCACUCAGUUACUGGCGGAGUUCGUCACCCAAAUUGUGGAACCCUAUCUCACCUGGAAGGCGGGUUCCAGUGCUGAGGCUAUGAGAUCCUUGGCCAUGGCCACCCUCUGCGCUCUGGCCCAAGGAGCAGAGUCGGAGGCAGUCGAGGUCCUUCCAUCCUUGGCUAAACAUAUGCCAAGUUUACUGGAAGAUCGUAAUGUAACCACUCGACAUUAUGCCAUCAAAGCUGUGGUUUAUUUCCGUGAAAUGUCCGUGGAGGAUCUGAAGCCUAUAGCCUAUGCCACCAUGCAGCGAAUGGAUGAUCCUUCGGCAGGGAUACGCAGCCUGGCUGCUUUGGCGGUGGGUAAACUGAAGCCGAAAUUCAAGGACUCUGAGGAGGAGUCGAAGCACGAGAAGGAAGUCUGGGAAGCCUUUGUCAAGCGUGCCAUGGAUUUGCUUUUGCUGUACCACGAAAGCCCGGAAAAGGACAUCAAGGCAGCGGUGGAGAGAACCCUCAAGGUACUGGCCCAAUCCCAUCCAGCGGCUUGGGAGGAGCGUUACGAAAGGGCCUUGGCAAUGGUCCAGAAGAAGGAUCAACUCAGUGAACUCUACAAGAAGUUAACCAUCAAAGAUGAAGCAGAGCCAGAGCCUGAAUCUUCAAUAAGUUCUUGAAUUUCCAUUUCAAAAACACUAUUCUUACAUUCUUACAUUUUUCAAAGAUCUAAAAGUCAAUUGAUUUUUCAAAUUCAAACGUUUAAGCCCAUUUCCCGUAAUUAUUUACCUUGUAAUUGGCUUCCAAUGACUUAUAUCUGUUGAGAUUCCAAGUACUGUGAAUUAUUGUAAACAAAAUCAACGAAACUAUAAAGUAAAAUCUGUGUGCACUGACGAAAUUGCAAGCAUAAAUCUAAA